UUUCAUAUUUCAGAAAAUUAGCAACGAGAAAAAAAGGCCCCUUUUGCUCUGCGUGGCCUCCUCACCCUUCUAUUAUUCUUUUUCUGUGUGUCACUCUUUCGGUUGCUCUCAUGCGGGUUCGAGUUUUCCUGCAAGUAAAAGCUAAACGCAGUGAGUCCCAGUUGUCAUCUCUUUCAAAAGUGUGUAUUUUGCUAGCUCACUCAGCAAUCUUUUUGCUGCCCCGCAAAUAUAUGUGUGUGUUUUCUUUUGACUAUUGAAAUUAAAGUAAAGAGCCAUGCAAAAGGAGAAUAAUACAACUCUCUCAUCAGCUGCUAAUUCUCGGAUUCGGCACCGUAAACGACCAUAUGAGGUUAUUCCAGAACCUAGCAAAACAAUUGGUGGAAAUUUGCUUGUUGAUGACCAAAACAAAUACAAAUCUAUGUGGAUCCGGACAUACUCUACAGUUUGGAUGAUUGGGGGUUUUGCAUUAAUAGUCUACAUGGGUCAUCUCUAUGUUACAGCUAUGGUGGUGGUUAUCCAAAUAUUUAUGGCAAAAGAGCUGUUCAAUCUACUAAGGAGAGCACAUGAAGAUAGGCAUCUUCCUGGAUUUAGGCUAUUAAAUUGGUACUUCUUCUUCACUGCAAUGUUAUUUGUGUAUGGUCGCCUUCUCAGUCAACCACUCGUCAAUACCGUAACCUCAGAUAAAAUUUUGUAUCAGUUUGUCAGCAGCCUUGUCAAGUAUCAUAUGGCUAUCUGUUACUUCUCGUACAUUGCAGGUUUUAUGUGGUUUAUUCUUACAUUGAAGAAGAAGAUGUACAAGUAUCAGUUUGGCCAGUAUGCAUGGACACAUAUGAUUCUGAUUGUGGUGUUCACACAGUCAUCCUUUACUGUGGCCAAUAUCUUUGAAGGAAUUUUUUGGUUUCUUCUUCCAGCAUCGCUUAUUGUUAUCAAUGACAUUUUUGCUUAUAUCUUUGGUUUCUUCUUUGGAAGAACCCCAUUAAUCAAAUUAUCUCCGAAGAAAACAUGGGAGGGAUUUAUUGGAGCGUCUGUUACAACUAUCAUCUCUGCAUUUGUGCUUGCAAAUAUCUUGGGUCGUUUCCAGUGGCUAACCUGUCCAAGGAAGGAUUUAUCAACUGGUUGGCUUCAAUGUGACCCAGGUCCAUUGUUUAAGGCAGAGUAUUAUACUUUACCAGGAUGGGUUUCUCAAUGGUUUCCUCGGAAGGAGAUCUCUAUUUUGCCAGUUCAAUGGCAUGCUCUAUGCCUUGGUUUGUUUGCAUCAAUUAUAGCACCUUUUGGGGGUUUUUUUGCAAGUGGUUUUAAAAGAGCUUUUAAAAUCAAGGACUUUGGUGAUAGUAUUCCUGGGCAUGGUGGAAUUACAGAUAGAAUGGAUUGCCAGAUGGUGAUGGCGGUAUUUGCAUAUAUCUAUCAGCAGUCAUUUGUUGUGCGUGAAGGCAUCUCAGUUGAAAUAAUAUUGGAGCAGAUAUUGACGAGCCUUACUUUUGAGGAGCAACAAACUCUUCUCAUGAAGCUGGAGCAGAUCUUGCAGGAAAGACUUGGACAUUCUUAAAUAUGUGGCUUAAUUCUGUGCAAGCCACCGACUCGUCCCCUUUACACGGCAUGUGUCAUACAUGGUAUAACAGCAAAAGAGAAAAGGAAAAUGCUUUGUAUAUGGUGUUGUUGUAUUGUUGUUUUCCUUUCAAAUAUUUUUAGGCAGAGGUAUUCUUUAUGUGCUUUCUCUGUAUAGUGCAUGAAUGUUAAGCCAAUCAAUUAUCAAUUAAUACACACAAACCGUGGAUGGUAUUUAUUCUGGUGCUUCUCAGUUCUCUCUUAUCUUUGCAAUUUCCUUUUCCGGUUUUGUGUGCUGCAAAGAACGAAGCUGAAAAGAGUGGUGCUUGACCCUCCUUUGGGAUUUUCGUUCUACGACUUCGGCAUGGCCUGAGUAGUCUCUAGUUCAAUCUGUGUCAAUUUGACAGGUGCCAAUCAUCAUCUGUUCGCUAAUUUCAUUGGUUGGCAAGGUUUCAAAGCUACGAGAGACAGAACAGUGAGUCUCAAUGAAUCUGCUUCCAACUGAAAGUGGGGUAACCAUUGCAGGUCUCCAACAUAACAAAACUUAACCGAAAACGUAAAAAUCUAAAUUAAAUGACAAAUGAUGAAAUAUGAUGCAAUUUUCUCACAUCUCAGUGCAGAAACAGUUAUCAUCUUAUAAAUUACCCUCAUAGAGGUGUCACAACAUAAGCAUGCAAGAUACAUAGCCUCAGGGAAUAAACGUAGUAACAAACUACAGCAUGCUAAAGAGGAAACUUCAGCUUGAUAUAGAACCAAAUUCAAGAGGCGUAACAGCCACCAAAAUUUUAGCACUCAAUAAAAGACAAAAAAAAAAAAAAAGAAUUUAACUGAACCAAAAUUCAUAAUUUGCCUAACGUCCAGCAGCAAAUUUAUCUCGGCGUUGCCAUUCCAAAAAAAAUACAAAAAAAAAAAAAAAAAA